AUGAUUGGCCGCACCAACGCGUCAGGGUCAGCGAAGACGUCAGUCUCCAUCUUCGAUAUGCAGGUUCAGCUCUGUUGGUACGCCAUUGCGCCUAUACUGGCCCAGAACUACACAGUCAUCGUCCCCGACAACCGCGGUGCCGGAGACUCUACUAUACCGCCGGACGGCAAUUACACAGCCGCCGCCCACGCUGACGACCUGAAGGCCGUCCUCGAUUUCCUCGAAAUCGACGCCGCCUACGUUUUCUCCCACGACAAGGGCGCAGGAUUCGCAGCCGCCUUCGCCGCCAAGUACCCAGCAUCCACGCGUCGGGUUGGCUUCUUUGAGUACCUGCUGCCGGGCUUCGGCUAUGAGGAUUUCUGGACGCCUAGCUCCGGCGGCGGCAUCGGGUGGGACCUGUACAAGAAUUGGCAGCUGGGCUUCUUCUCAGUGCCGGACGCGGCGACAUAUUUCAUUGGUGGACGCGAGAAGGAGAUGCUGGCGUGGUACUUUUUCCAUGCGUCGUAUUCGGGCAACGAGGCCAUCUCCCAGGACCACCUCAAUCGCUACGCUACCAGCAUCAGCAAGCCCGGCUUCCUGCGGAGCAUGCUUAACACCUUCUCCGUGUCGACGGUCACGCAGGACGCCCGCUUCUUCAACGAGACAAUUCGACAGCAACCGCUGCAGAUGCCGGUGCUGGCGCUGGGAGGAGAGGCAAGCUUGGCCAUGCCGGCGGUAGAACAGGUCUGGGCGCCUGUGGGUGAGAAUGUCGUGGCUGAGGUCGUGCCCAAAGCGGGUCAUUGGAUGUUGGACGAAAAUCCGAAGUGGGUUGCCAAUCGCAUUGCCCGUUUCAUCGCCGAUGACAACAACACCUUGCCCAGCGCUGAUCUGAGCUGGCUAACAGAUCGGGUGACCCUUUAA